AUGGUGACACGACAAAGAUGUGAUCUUCUUAUGAACAUCCCUGCCCUCCGCAGACUCGACGCUAUGCUCAUUGAUACAUUGGACAAUUUUAGAGGACACAAUGAAUUCUGGUAUGUGUCGAGAGACUCUGAAGAAGGGAAGCAAGCACGGAAUGAUAGGACAAAGGACAAGUGGUGGCUUCCUCCGGUGAAAGUCCCUUCUGAUGGCUUGUCCGAGUCAUCCCGAAGAAUGCUUCAUUUUCAAAAAGAUUCGGUCUCACAAGUCCAAAAAGCCGCCAUGGCAAUUAAUGCCCAAGUUCUUUCAGAAAUGGCUAUCCCUGAUAGCUAUAUCGAGUCUCUUCCAAAGAAUGGAAGGGUAAGCCUUGGGGAUACGUUAUACAAGAGCAUAACAGAAGAGUGGUUUGAUCCAGAGCAGUUCUUGUCAACACUUGACUUGUCGACGGAGCACAAAGUGUUGGAUGUGAAGAACAGGAUCGAGGCCUCAAUUGUUAUAUGGAAAAGGAAACUUCAUCUAAAAGACAACAAAUCUUCUUGGGGAUCAGCUGUGAGCUUGGAGAAACGAGAGUUGUUCGAAGAGAGAGCCGAGACGAUCUUGGUCUUGCUUAAACAAAAGUUCCCUGGUCUUCCCCAAUCUUCACUCGACAUCUCCAAAAUUCAGUAUAACAAGGAUGUGGGACACGCGGUUUUGGAGAGCUACUCAAGGAUAUUAGAGAGCUUGGGGUACACGGAAAUGUCGAGAAUCGAGGAUGUACUUUACGCGGAUUCUUUAGCCCGAAAGCAAUGUACAGAUGAAGAAACAUCAGAUGGUGGGAAAUUAGAAACAGAAAUGGACUCAGAGUUAGGAGAGGAAACAGAGAAGCUUGACGCACAAUACUCAUCAAAGACAACAUUGCUUGAAUUUAUUGGUUGGAGUGACAAUAGCUCAAAAGGGCAGUCAGAGAAACCUCCGAAGUCUCCAAAAUUGACGCCAAAGAAAUUCUCGUAUUUGGAGAAGCUCGAGAACUUGAAUGGUUUUAGGAGCCCAAAAGAUAGGCAUUGAAGACCAAUCAAAAAGACAUGGGAACAAGUAACAUGCAUGAUACAAUUGCGCAGCCGUCAGUGUGUGUUAUUUUUAGG